AGCUAGCAGCGCAGUCUGCUCCGCGCUUGGCCACUUGCUCUCUCGCCGGGUCGCUCAGUUCCGCCCGGCCUCGCGGGGUCGGAGUCCGAGCACAGCCGGCGCAGAUCCCGCGCUGCGCGCCUGCGGCUGGUGCGCCCGCCCAGUGCUGGUGGCUUGCUCGCUGUCCGCCUCCGCUGCGCUGGUGGCUCCAGAGUCACUGCCUCCGCUGCAGUUCAAAGCAGUCUCCGUGCUCCCUGAACCCCAGGGAAGCAGUCCCCAGGACAGGAAGCAGACUUUCCUGGCCUCCCAACCCAGUUGCCACAACAAACAGCAGAGAAGACGUUGUCCACGGGGGAUGUGAAGUUGGUUGCCUCAUCACACGUUUCCAAAACCUCCCUUAGUGUGGAUCCCUCAAGGGUCGGCUCCAUGCCCCUGACAGAAGCCCCUGCUUUCCUUCUGCCCCCUCGGAACCUGUGCAUCAGAGAAGGAGCCACUGCCAAGUUUGAUGGGAAGGUCCGGGGUUACCCAGAGCCCCAGGUGACAUGGCACAGAAAUGGGAAACCCAUCACCAACGGGGGCCGCUUCCUGCUAGACUGUGGUGUCCGAGGGACUUUCAGCCUUGUGAUUCUUGCUGUCCAUGCGGAGGACAAGGGAAAGUAUACCUGUGAAGUCAGCAAUGGUAGUGGCACCCGCCAGGUGACAGUGGAGUUGACAGUGGAAGGGAGUCUUGGGAAGAAGCGUGAUCGGCCUGUUAUUUCCAAAACCUUUGGGGGCAGAUUUUCAGCCUCAUCAGCGGGGACUUGUCCUAGCAUCUGGGGUGAGUGCCCACCAAAGUUUGCUACCAAGCUGGGCAGAGCAGUGGUCAAAGAAGGACAGAUGGGGCGAUUCUCUUGCAAGAUCACUGGCCGGCCCCAACCACAAGUCACCUGGCUCAAGGGAAACGUCCCACUGCAGCCAAGCGCCCGUGUGUCUAUGUCUGAGAAGAAUGGGAUGCAGGUUCUAGAAAUCCAUGAGGUCACCCAGGAUGAUGUGGGCGUGUACACGUGCAUGGUGGCGAAUGGGUCAGGGAAGGCCUCCAUGUCAGCUGAGCUCUCCAUCCCAGGUUUGGACAAUGCCAAUAGGCCAUUUGUGAGAAGAGCAGAGACCCCCAAUUCAGAUAUCAGGAAGGAAGUGACCAAUGGAAUCUCAAAGGGACCAAAACCAGACAGCCUGGAGACUCCAACUGCAAGUAAUAACUGCUCCAGCCCCCAGAGAGGUGGAUCCCCCACCUGCACCACGAACAGCCAGCCACAGCCCCUGCAGGAGCCCAAGAUGACGCUGAGUGGGGACUCACCUCAAAAGGUCCCACAGACCCCUGCUCUGCAGAAGACUUCCAGCACCAUCACCCUGCAGGCCACAAAAGUCCAGUCGGAACAAAGAGCAUCCGUUGUGGGGACCCCCCCUCCUGGAGAAGAGAUGAGUCUGUCUGCUCCCCAGCCAGCCACCCUUCCCACAGGACUGUCUGACCUGGGAAGCCCAGAAGUUGUGAGUGAGGAUGCUACCAGGAAGAGCCCUAUGGAGAGCCAGAGUCAUUCGACAUACCCCAAGUUUGAGAGUGAGCCCCAAAGCCAGGAGGUCACUGAAGACCAAGCAGUCAAGUUCAGAUGUGAGGUUUCAGGGAUCCCAAAGCCUGAAGUGGCCUGGUUCCUGGAAAAUGUUCUCGUGAGGAGACAAGAAGGCACCAUUGAGGUUUAUGAAGACGACGGCUCCCAUUACCUCUGCCUGCUGAGAGCUCAGACCAGGGACAGUGGGAACUACAGCUGCAUAGCCUCCAAUAGCCAAGGCCAGGUGUCCUGCAGCUGGACCCUUCUAGUGAAAAGGUUGGUCACAAUGGAGGUGGCCCCCUCAUUCUCCACUGCCUUGAAGGACUGCACUGUUGUUGAGGGCCAGGAUUUUGUGCUGCAGUGCUCUGUACAGGGGACCCCUGUUCCCCAGAUCACUUGGCUGCUCAAUGGGCAGCCCAUCCAGUAUGCUCACUCCACCUGCAAGGCCGGCAUAGCUGAGCUCCACGUCCUGGAUGCCCUGCCAGAGGACAAUGGCACCUACACCUGUCUGGCCGAAAACGCCUUAGGACAAGUGUCCUGCAGCGCCAGGGUCACUGUCCACGAAAAGAAGAGUGACGGAAAGAGUGGCCUUCUGCCCCUGUCUCCCAACACGCCUGUGGCGCCCAUCUUCCUACAGGGCCUCUCUGAUCUCAAAGUCAUGGAUGGAAGCCAGGUCACCAUGACAGUUCAGGUGUCAGGGAAUCCGCCCCCUGAGGUCAUCUGGCUGCACAACGGGAAUGAGAUCCAGGAAUCCGAGGACUUCCACUUUGAACAGAAAGGCAAUCGACACAGCCUUUGCAUCCAGGAAGUGUUUCCGGAGGACACAGGCACAUACACCUGCGAAGCCUGGAACAGCUCCGGGGAGGUCCGCACCCAGGCUGUACUCAUGGUGCAAGAGCCUCAAGAUGGCACCCAGCCCUGGUUCAUCAGCAAGCCUCGCUCGGUGACAGCCUCCCUGGGCCAGAGUGUCCUCAUCUCCUGCGCCAUAGCCGGUGACCCCUUUCCUACUGUGCACUGGCUCCGAGACGGCAGACCCCUCUCCAAACACACUGUCCAUUUUGAGGUACUGCAGAAUGAGGACGUGUUCACCCUGGUUCUAAAGAACGUGCAGCCCUGGCAUGCUGGCCAGUAUGAGAUCCUGCUCAAGAACCGGGUUGGUGAAUGCAGUUGCCAGGUGUCACUGAUGCUACAGAACAGCCCUGCCAGAGGAUCCCCAUGGGGGCGGGAGCCUGCCAGCUGUGAGGGCCUCUGUGGUAGAGGAGCUGGUGCUGAUGGUGGUGGCGACCGUGAUGGGACCCUGAGGCCUGACUGGCCUGCAAGAGGGCAGGAUUGUCCAGAGGAGGAAGACUGUGAGGACGUGCGGGAGCUGCUGAAGAGGCGUGUGGAGACCAGGCUCCACACAGAGGAGGCCAUCCGCCAGCAGGAGGUGGAGCAGCUGGAUUUCCGUGACCUCCUGGGGAAGAAGGUGAGCACCAAAACCCUGUCAGAAGAAGACCUGAAGGAGAUCCCAGCUGAGCAGAUGGAUUUCCGCGCCAACUUGCAGCGGCAGGUAAAGCCAAAGACUCUGUCUGAGGAAGAGAGGAAGGUGCACAGCCCCCAGCAGGUUGACUUCCGCUCUGUCCUGGCCAAGAAGGGGACUCCUAAGAUCCCUGUACCUGAGAAGGCACCACCUCCAAAACCUGCCACACCUGAUUUUCGCUCAGUACUGGGCAGCAAGAAGAAAUUACCAGCAGAGAAUGGCAGCAGCAGUGCCGAGUCCUUGAGUGCCAAGGCAGUGGAAAGUCCCCAGCCUGUGAGCAACGCACAGCCUGCAGGGUCCCUGAAGCCUGUGGGCAAUGCCAAGCCCGCCGAGACCCUGAAGCCUGUGGGCAAUGCCAAGCCCGCCGAGACCCUGAAGCCUGUGGGCAAUGCCAAGCCCGCCGAGACCCUGAAGCCUGUGGGCAAUGCCAAGCCCGCCGAGACCCUGAAGCCUGUGGGCAAUGCCAAGCCCGCCGAGACCCUGAAGCCUGUGGGCAAUGCCAAGCCCGCCGAGACCCUGAAGCCUGUGGGCAAUGCCAAGCCCGCCGAGACCCUGAAACCAGCUGGGAAAGGAGAACUGAAGAAGGAGGUUAAGAAUGAUGUGAACUGCAAGAGAGGGACCACAGAUAAUGAGAAAAGACCAGAGAGCCAAGGGACAGCCCCAACUUUCAAGGAGAAGCUUCAAGAUGUCCAUGUGGCAGAGGGUGAAAAGCUGCUACUCCAGUGCCAGGUGUCCUCUGACCCCCCAGCCACCAUCACCUGGACAUUGAAUGGAAAGACACUCAAAACCACCAAGUUCAUCAUCCUCUCCCAAGAAGGCUCACUCUGCUCUGUGUCCAUCGAGAAGGCGCUGCCCGAGGACAGGGGUCUGUACAAGUGUGUAGCCAAGAAUGAUGCUGGCCAGGCGGAGUGCUCCUGCCAAGUCACCGUGGACGAUGCUCCAGCGACUGAGAACACCAAGGCCCCGGAGAUGAAAUCCCGGAGGCCCAAGAGCUCUCUUCUCCCUGUGCUAGGAACGGAGAGUGAUGCAACUGUAAAAAAGAAACCUGCUCCCAAGACACCUCCGAAGGCAGCUAUGCCCCCUCAGAUCAUCCAGUUCCCUGAGGACCAAAAGGUGCGUGCAGGAGAGUCUGUGGAGCUGUUUGGCAAAGUGACUGGCACCCAGCCCAUCACCUGUACCUGGAUGAAGUUCCGAAAGCAGAUCCAGGAGUGCGAGAACAUCAAGGUGGAGAACAGUGAGACUGGCAGCAAGCUCACCAUCCUGGCUGCACGCCAGGAGCACUGCGGCUGCUACACGCUGCUGGUGGAGAACAAGCUGGGUACCAGACAGGCCCAGGUCAACCUCACCGUCGUGGAUAAACCAGACCCACCAGCUGGCACACCUUGUGCCUCUGAUAUCCGGACCUCCUCACUGACCCUGUCCUGGUACGGCUCUUCAUACGAUGGGGGCAGUGCUGUACAGUCCUACAGUGUCGAGAUCUGGGACUCGGUGGACAAGACAUGGAAGGAACUAUCCACAUGCCGCAGCACCUCUUUUAACGUCCAGGAACUACUGCCUGACCGCGAGUAUAAAUUCCGUGUGCGUGCAAUCAACGUCUAUGGAACCAGUGAGCCAAGCCAGGAGUCUGAGCUCACAGCGGUGGGAGAGAAACCUGAGGAGCCGAAGGAUGAAGUGGAGGUGUCCGAUGAUGAUGAGAAGGAACCUGAAGUUGACUACCGAACAGUGACAGUCAACACGGAACAAAAAGUAUCUGACUUUUAUGACAUUGAAGAGAGACUAGGAUCGGGGAAAUUUGGACAAGUCUUUCGACUUGUAGAAAAGAAAACUGGAAAAAUCUGGGCAGGGAAAUUCUUCAAGGCAUAUUCAGCAAAAGAAAAAGAGAAUAUCCGGCAGGAGAUCAGCAUCAUGAACUGCCUCCACCACCCCAAGCUGGUCCAGUGUGUGGAUGCCUUUGAAGAAAAGGCCAACAUCGUCAUGGUCCUGGAGAUAGUUUCAGGGGGCGAGCUAUUCGAGCGCAUCAUCGACGAGGACUUUGAGCUGACAGAGCGCGAGUGCAUCAAGUACAUGCGGCAGAUCUCCGAGGGGGUGGAGUACAUCCACAAGCAGGGCAUCGUGCACCUGGACCUCAAGCCUGAGAACAUCAUGUGUGUCAAUAAGACAGGCACCAGGAUCAAGCUCAUCGACUUUGGUCUGGCCCGAAGGCUGGAGAAUGCAGGGUCUCUGAAGGUCCUCUUUGGCACCCCAGAGUUUGUGGCUCCAGAAGUGAUCAACUAUGAACCCAUCGGCUACGCCACGGACAUGUGGAGCAUCGGGGUUAUCUGCUACAUCCUGGUCAGCGGGCUCUCUCCCUUCAUGGGUGACAAUGAUAACGAGACCUUAGCCAACGUUACCUCUGCCACCUGGGACUUCGACGACGAGGCGUUCGAUGAGAUCUCUGAUGAUGCCAAGGAUUUCAUCAGCAACCUGCUGAAGAAAGACAUGAAAAACCGCCUGGACUGUACCCAGUGCCUUCAGCAUCCAUGGCUAAUGAAAGAUACCAAGAACAUGGAGGCCAAGAAGCUCUCCAAGGACCGGAUGAAGAAGUACAUGGCAAGAAGGAAAUGGCAGAAAACGGGCAAUGCUGUGAGAGCCAUCGGAAGACUGUCCUCUAUGGCAAUGAUCUCAGGGCUCAGUGGCAGGAAAUCCUCAACAGGAUCACCAACCAGCCCACUCAAUGCAGAAAAACUAGAAUCUGAAGAAGAUGUCUCCCAGGCUUUCCUCGAGGCAGUUGCUGAGGAGAAGCCCCAUGUAAAACCCUAUUUCUCCAAGACCAUUCGUGAUCUAGAAGUUGUGGAGGGAAGUGCUGCUAGAUUUGACUGCAAGAUUGAAGGAUAUCCAGACCCUGAGGUCGUCUGGUUCAAAGACGACCAGUCAAUCAGGGAGUCACGCCACUUCCAGAUAGACUACGACGAGGAUGGGAACUGCUCUCUAAUUAUCAGUGACGUCUGUGGGGAUGACGACGCCAAGUACACCUGCAAGGCUGUCAACAGUCUUGGAGAAGCCACCUGCACAGCAGAGCUCAUUGUGGAAACCAUGGAGGAAGGGGAAGGGGAAGGGGAAGAGGAAGAAGAGGAAGAGUGAAAAGGCCAGAGAGAAGGGGGUUCUAAGUCAUUUUUAAAAGGACUGUUUCUCUAAAGCUCAAAAAACCCGAGAUAGUAAAAGCACCUAGUGUGAUAGAUUUUCUAGUUAGGCCAUUUGGGGGUUGAUUCAUCAGCAAUAGCAGUUGAUACCUAGCAGCAUUUUUGAUGGGCAUUAAUUUGAAUUAGCUGGCACCUUAAGAUACUAGUGCAGCUAGAUUUCAUUUAAGGAGAUCACCAGCAACUUGCCUGACCAGUUGAUUUUAAGAGAAGGUAACCAAAAGAAAUUUUACCUGGACAGAAUCAUAAAUUCCCCAGCUGAACACACUCAUGAAAAUAAAGGCCACAAGGCCUUUGGGCCCAGAUGCCAAAGUUUAGCCUGGAGGGCACCUGGAAAUGGAAGGCCCCAGCCCCUGACUCCAGAGAACCGACUCUUUUCCCAGACCCCAGCAUUUCACUCUGAAAGCAGUUGAGCCAUUUUAACUUACAAGGCACACUAUUCCAAAAUAUGCUGCAGAUGUUAGGACUUCCUGUUUCCCGCCCCUAUUCAACCUGCCCAUUUUUCUGAACCUGAACUUGUCAUGAGUUUCAACACUAAGGACAUAUUAAUUAUGUUUCUUAGAUUCUGAAGACAGGUCCCAGGCUUAUGGAUGACUCUGGCUUCCUUAGGAAAGUAAAAUCUCCUUUUCUUCUAGAAUCAGUAGGAAAUCUAAAUUUAUCCCGUUGCAGAAAUGUCUAGCAAACAAUUCUUGCUAACAUGCUUUUCUUCUUCAACCAGGAUUCAAAUUUGUGCUAUUACAGGGUAUCUAGCCUGCAUGCAUGGUAAAGAUGUUUGUGUCUGAAUGUAAGAAAAACCAGUUUGCUGAAAUUAGUCAAUUAUUUAUUGGGCACUAUGAAACCAAUUUCAAGGGAUGAACAGCUAUAAAAUUCCACGUACUUUGAAAUCUUCUGCAAAGUAGUCUUGAGUUUAAUACUCUUCAUUCUCAACACUCUCCAAAGAGCUUGGCCUACCUUAUGGGUUCACUAUGUUUUCCUUCUCAAACAUGGAUCAGCCACCCCGGCCCCAGCCUUGAAAUAUAUUUUUAGACCUGAUAAAUGCACUCAGACUCUCAUCUUUUGGAAUUUUUAACUUUCUUUCACUACCUUGGCACUUAAAUUUUUUUCUUUACAAAACUUUCUGAAGGUCAUAAACAAAGACCAUAAACUGAUGCUAUACCCUAGUGUAUUUCCUCUAUGUGUGUGUGUAACAUUCCAAAUACUCUUUUCUUUUCCACUGUUUAUCAAGUGCAGCAAUUUAAUAUUUCAAGGAACUUUUUAUUAAGUUUCUUAAGAACCAAUUUUAAACUACUUCUGUGCAAUCCUCCACAGUAUCAGCAUUAGGAUUUUAAUAUUUAGUUUUAUGUUUUCUUCUAUUUUAGCUGCUUUUUGCUGCUAGUUUCAAGUUGCCAGUAUUUUUCUUUUUUUUUUUUUUUUUGCUUUUUAAAUUUACAAUUUUUUUCAUUAUAACCACAGUAUUGCCACAGUUUAUUAUAAUAAAGGGGUUUUAAUUUGAUUUAGAGCAUUCAAAGCGUUUUUCAUCACUUUGUGUUUGGACUAUAAUCUGUGUGUGUGUGUCUGUGUGUAUAUGUGUUGUGUGUGUGCAUGGGUGAUAUACAUGUGUGUUUUCAGGUUAAUGCCUUCUUGGGGUUGUGUUAAUGUUCUCUUGGUUUAUGUGCCAUCAGAAUGGUAAAUGAGAACACUACAACUGUAGUUAGACCACAAUUUUUAAAUAAAGGAUAUCACAGUG